AUGAGCAUCUUUUACAUAACGAUCGCAGCAUAUAUCUUGAUCGGUGGAGUCGGAGUCGGUAUUUUCCUAUGGGGCAAAGAGCAUGGAAACUCCAUCUUCGACAAGCUCUACCGUGUGUUCUGCAUGCACUUCCCCAGGCUGCUCAAGAAGGCUUUGGAGAAGGUUUUCGGCAAGCGAGCUCCCGCGGCGUUGGACGCGGCAUGGGUGUAUGUUUGCUACACAAGCAACCCGUUGGUGCAAAUCUUCUAUCUGCUCGUCGUAGUGGGUGGCUACGCAACCUUUGUGGCCUACAGCCACCCUCAUAUUCCCAACAAGCUGCUUAGCAAUGUCCACAAGUACAUUGGCUUCGGUAUUUUUUCUACCUGCCUGGCGAUUUGGUGGCGAGCUUGCACUGCCGACCCAGGGAUCGUGACCCCUGAGAACUUGGACAAGCUGUGUGAAAUUUGGAAGUGGGAUGACCAGAUCUUCCACAUGGCCAUUUGCAGAUCCUGCGAGCUUGCAAAGCCAGCACGCUCCAAGCAUUGCUCCUUAUGCAACCACUGCGUUGCAAGGUUCGACCAUCAUUGCAUUUGGAUCAACAACUGCGUGGGUGUGGGGAAUCAUCGGUACUUCCUGGCGUUUUUGGGUGUACACCUGGUGAUUUGCUUCUAUGGCUUCGGUCUGACUGCAACUAUCCUGUACAACCUUAUCGUGCAGAAAGAACUCCUUAGCGCCGUGUUUGUUCGACCCGAUACCAGGGAGCGGUUUCAAGCCACGAAGCUGAUGGUGAUGCAAUAUUUACUCGCAACGGAGGGAAUGGUGGUGUUCAUCUGCGCCCUGUGCUGCAUCAUGGGGGUCGUCCUCUUCGGCUUCUUCGGGUGGCAUCUUUAUCUUGUACGGUCAGGGACCACCACCAACGAGCUGAGUAAGUGGAGCUACGUGAGGAUGUGCUUGAAGCAGGAAGGCCCGGAAGGUAAGGAGAAACUAAAGCUCCUUGUCAACGAGUACGAUAAGGGCUGCUUUGGCAACUUCAGGGAGGUCUUCUUCCCAAUAGAUACGCAGCAGCUCUCAGCAGAGGCGGCUGCAAAGCAGGAGCCAAAAGGCGGACACGGGAAGGAGACGCAAGGAAAAGCCCGGAAGAGCAAGGUGAAGAAAGCAGACUGA